AUGGUUUAUGGGCUUGCCGACGCGCUCAAGAAUAUAAAUACGUAUUGCCAGGAGAAAACGUCUCGCAUUCGUACCUCACUGUCACCGUCGAGAGCACAGACGAUGAGUGAGCUGCCACAAACCGAGGAGAGUUCGACUACCUCCACAACGAUUCCUUCGCCGCCGAAUAUGGUCGUGACACCAACUAUUGAGGAUCCACAGGCACCUAGGCCAGAAUCAUUAGAAGGAAUGAGUCGCGCAGAAUUCCGACAAUACGGUAAGGAAACUGUUGACUAUAUAGUCGACUAUCUUGAGACCAUUCAAAAACGUCGAGUGGUCCCAGCAAUUGAGCCAGGAUAUCUAAAGGAUCUAAUCCCCGGCGAAGCCCCAACUCGUCCGGAAUCAUUCGCCAGUGUAAUGGAGGAUUUCGAGAAGCUCAUCAUGCCCGGAAUUACGCAUUGGCAACAUCCACGAUUCCAUGCAUAUUUCCCGGCUGGAAACUCGUUUCCGUCAAUUAUCGCUGAUAUGCUCAGUGACGCUAUCGGAUGUGUCGGCUUCAGUUGGGCUGCGUGUCCUGCGAUGACUGAACUCGAACUGAUUAUGCUGGAUUGGUUUGGAAAAAUGAUCGGAUUGCCCAAGGAGUUUCUACCGUUGACGGAAGGCGGAAAGGGUGGCGGAGUUAUUCAAUCAUCGGCUUCGGAAUGCAAUUUCGUGUCUCUUCUUGCCGCAAGAUUUGAAGUAAUGAAGGAGUUGCGCCAGCGAUUCCCAUUCGUCGAGGAAGGUCUUCUGCUGUCAAAGCUUAUCGCGUAUUGCUCGAAAGAAGCUCAUUCAUCUGUCGAAAAGGCAUGCAUGAUUGGAAUGGUGAAACUGCGUAUCCUGGAGACUGACUCGAAGUUCAGACUCAGAGGUGAAACUCUGAGGAACGCGAUUCAAGAGGACCGCAAUCUUGGCUUGAUUCCAUUCUUUGUGUCGACUACAUUGGGUACCACUUCGUGCUGCUCAUUUGACGUUCUGUCGGAAAUUGGACCGAUUUGUGAAGAAAAUGAGCUUUGGCUUCACGUUGAUGCAGCUUAUUCUGGAUCGGCGAUGAUCUGCCCGGAGUUUCGUUAUUUAUUGAAUGGAAUCGAAUAUGCAAUGUCGUUCAACACAAAUCCGAACAAGUGGCUCCUCAUCAACUUUGAUUGCAGCACCAUGUGGGUACGCGAUCGUUUUAAACUAACACAAGCGCUUGUAGUUGAUCCGCUUUACUUGCAGCACAGCUGGAUGGAUAAAUCGAUUGAUUAUCGUCAUUGGGGCAUUCCGUUGAGUAGAAGAUUCCGUUCACUGAAAUUAUGGUUCGUUAUUCGAAUGUAUGGCGUUGAAGGCCUUCAAAAGUAUAUUCGUGAGCAUGUUCGACUCGCAAAACGAAUGGAAGCUCAUCUUCGCGCGGAUCCGAAAUUUGAAAUUGUGAACGAAGUGAUUAUGGGGUUGGUGUGCUUCAGAAUGAAGGGAGAUGAUGAGAUCAAUCAGACCCUUCUCACUCGAUUGAAUGCUUCUGGACGAAUUCAUAUGGUACCAGCUUCGUUGAGCGAUAGAUUCGUUAUCCGAUUUUGCGUUUGUGCGGAAAAUGCGAGUGACAAGGAUAUUGAGACAGCUUAUGAGAUCAUUUCACAAGCCGCACAACACGUGCUUCAUGAGAAGGCGAAAUCCGCAAUCGAAGAGGUCGACGAGGAAGCAUUUGCUCUGGAAGAACUUGUGGAGGACCUUAAUAUUAACGAGCCUGCCGUUGAUGCUCUUCCAAUUCAUCCAAUGAGAGGAUCUUCAUUCCACGAAGAAUCUGCCAAUUCGAGAAAUAUCGAACGUCAACUCUCAAAAGAAGAGAUUCUCGCGCAGAAGCAGCACGAUAGUCUCGCGAAGAAAAGAUCGUUCUUGGUCCGGAUGGUUUCUGAUCCAAAAUGCUACAAUCCAAAGAUUGUUCGACACUUGAAUAUGGCCAAUCAUCGCAAAAUGAGUCAGGAUUUGUACCGCGAUCGCACUUUGAUGCAAACUAUUUCGCAUAGUCAACGCCCGAAUCGGUUGAGUUCGCAAUCUCCAGGAUCCAUUGGGCCUGGAUUCACGUUCGACGAGGACGAGGAUCGCAUUGUGGCCGAAGUUCAAACCGGCCUUCAGACUCCAAUUUAA